AUGAGCCUGACUGAGUCUGCAAUGCUCUUUGACACUUACUACCAGAAGAACCAAAGCGAAGAAAGCAUUGAUCAAAACAAUGAGGACACAUCAACUCGAACACGUCGGCAAUUGAUUACGUUAACAGACCACAGCAAAAUGAUCGUAAGAACUGUGCCUGCUGCUCUUCGAGUACCAUACUUCAUAGCGUCCACUGAUGCGGAGAACUUUUAUUACAGUUUACUGAUUCAGUAUAUACUUUAUCGCGCAGAAGCAGAACUGUUACAAGGGUUUUAUAGUGCAAGAGAGGCUUUCUUAGCUCAGGAAGAGCAGUUGAAGGCAAUUAGCGGCCACAUAGAGCAGCACAGAGAGCGCGACCAGCAGCUGGAAGUUGCAUUCAAUCAAGUGCACGCAUUUCAGAUCCUCGAAUUGCCUCCAGUAUUGAACAAUAUAGAACACACUGAAGACUAUCCUGAACAGGCUAUGACCAAUGAUCAAUUCGACUCAGCACGACAGGCUAUGAAUAUGGACCAAAGACAACUGUUCAAUAAUAUCACGUAA